AAUAUACGCAUCCGGAAGUAAAUACAUAUGACCUCAUCGUGUUGCGAUCCCUUACAGCUGUCUUGAAACAGGAUUGAGAAGUGUGCGUCCAUUUGACAAUGAUGCCUAAUAUAUUGCAAGGCCUUAGGGCACCAGUUACUGUCUUACUGCUCAUGCUUCUCUUUGAGGUCGCGCCAUACACCCAAGCCAACAAGAGUUUCGAAGACGUACGGUGCAAGUGCAUUUGCCCCCCCUACCGGAACAUCAGUGGUCAUAUUUACAAUCGGAAUGUGUCACAAAAAGACUGCAAUUGCCUGCAUGUCGUUGAGCCUAUGCCAGUACCUGGGCAUGAUGUGGAGGCUUACUGUCUGCUCUGUGAAUGCAAGUAUGAAGAGCGCAGUAGUAAUACCAUCAAGGUGACCAUUAUUAUCUACUUGUCUGUGGUGGGCUCUCUCCUGCUCUACAUGCUAUUCCUGCUUCUGGUAGACCCACUGAUCCGCAAACACGAUCCUUACACACAGCCACUGCAGAAUGAGGAAGAUUCUGAGGACUUAAGGACCCAUGUGGAUGGUGCACAGGGUCGUGGUAACACUGUGCUGGAGCGAGUGGAAGGGGCACAGCAGCGCUGGAAGAAACAGGUCCAGGAACAGCGUAAAACCGUUUUUGACCGUCAUAAGUUGCUUAGCUAAGCUCUUCUUCAGGGCAACGAGCAUGUUGGUUAUAUUAUACUCAUAUUUUGACAAUUCAAACAAGAGCAAUCUGUAGCUGGGUUGCAAAGCCUGAAAUUUCCUUUGCACUGGAAGGUUUGUUAAUGAAGACUACUGAAUUAGGGCCUUUUUGCCUCACUUAAAGCUUAUUUAUUUUGCUAAAACUACACUGUUUUAGCUCUAGCUAGAUUUUGCUGAAGAAGUAUAGACUUCUUGUUUCCAUAGUUAAGACGUUGUUAUUUCAACUGCAUUACGACUUUCAACUUUUCACAUUUUUUUUUCAAACACUGCUGUCUGGCUCAGUCCCAAACAGUCACCGUGUCUACCCAGCUGUCAGCUUUCUGAGUUCAGAAAGAGAGCUUGUUAAAGAGCCUUGGAGCAGAAAUCACUCACACCGUGAGACAUACAAAUAAUUUUUCUUUUUUCUUUCUUUUU